AUGGCCCGCAAAGGCGGGAGCUCGACUCAGCGGAUGGCACCGCCACCUGUGACUAACGGCAACUCGAAUGGCGUGCCCCCACCGUCGACCAUUGCGGCACAAAUCGUCAAUAAUGCGUCAAAUGUUCAUGCGUGGCAGGGCGAGGCAACCAAAGUCAGCUUUGGUGAGCUGGUCAAAGAGUUUCUCCAACACCCAAACACGGACGAGCCCGAUGCACAGCUCGUAGCGCUCAUAAGUGUCAUCGCCGAAGCAGGACUUGAAGGCUUGUUCAAAGAUGAUCCGUUCGCCCAGGACCAGCAGAGACAGCAGGGUAUUGACAGUAUUGCCGCGCUCACUUUCAUCUUGCAACAAAAGCCACAUCUGCUGCUGAGCGUUAGAGAGACCGAAGAUGACGGCAUCUCUCGUCCUCCGCUUAUUCUCUGGUUGAUUCCUAAGUUAUUGGGCUUGGUAGCACAUGAAGCACUCACCUAUGUGCACGAACAUGCACACCAAAUACUGCAUCUCUGCCUAAGCGCGCUCACACGAGCAUCUGCCCUCUGGCGUCCCGCUGCAGCAGUCUCACAGCUUUACAGAUCAUGUGCGCAAACUAUUUUGACAGAGCUGCGGUCCAUGGAUGAUCCAGCUUCGGCAGCCGUACUGUCUUUCAACCUACUCCUACCAUCGUCAAGCAGCAUCAGCGACUUUUGGCCAGACAGCCAGCAAAUCAUUGCUUUGCCCCAUGAUCUGCAGCGAGCAGUCACUUCGCGACUCGGAGCCAUCCAUGCCGGUUUUUGUCUUCUCACCACCUUGGCAUGUGUUGCUCCGCCCCAGGGCAGAGCGUCGGCGACGCCUAGUUCCCUAGAUCACCAUGUACCAUGGAUCAUCGACAGUGCUCAAGAUUUGUGGAAGCAUUUUCGGCGUUGGACGGUAACUUCGGAGAGAGGCAUCCUCGUCAAUGAAAUCACGCUCGCAUAUCUGCAGCUACUCGAAACUCUGUUCCUUCCUGCAGGCGCCCCCGGAGACCGUUCAUUGGAAUCGCUGAAGAAUGCACAGUCGCUUAUCAAUAGUCUCAGCGAUCUCGUUGAUGGUUUAUCGACAGCGCCAGAGUUAGCCUCAGAAGUCAUUCAAGUGCGACUGGCCAUCAUUCUUACCCGGUUACGCAGUGUCCUUACUUCGCCAUUAACGGACGACUCAGCCACACGACGUCGAAAGAACAUGAGCAGAUCGGUCGUUCUGAACGACGUUGAGGCUAUCGUAGCUAGAGCCUGUCAGAAUGUUGAACGCUUCUCUCAGCUUCACAAAGACUUGCAGCUCUCCCUUUGCCUCUGGACGGCACCAGGUAUAUGGCCUAUCCACAUUGCGGACAUACGAAGAGAGCUCUGCGAGGGUGAUACUGGCAGUUUCUCGGAUGCUCAACUUUCCGAAGAAUCGACACCAAUCCUGAAAGGUUUCCGGAUGUUGAACUUGGGCAAUGAGGAAAGGCCUGCGAAGCGGCGAAAGAAGCUCCUGGAUACUCCAGACAUCAAUCAUACCACCUAUGAGCGACUCGUGAUGAUACUGAAUGGCAGUACCCAUGACUCCCCGGUUCUCAACCUAACCAAUCUCCACAAUAUCAUUGAGGCAAGGUACUCUUCUAUGAUGGACGACGAUCAACAAAAUGAACGUGUACAAGUGGACCUCAUGACAGCGUUUGCGAAGAUUGCAUGCGCCGGUUCCCGGUGUCUAGAACUAUCUCAGUCUACAUCGCAGCCAGUACAUUCGCUAAGCUGCGUGUUAUGCGAUACGAAUUCUCGCCACGAACGAAGCGCCAUGACAUACUGGAACAAACAGGACGAUAGAGAGAGCUGGAAGGAAGUCAUUGCCGCUAUGCUUAUCAUAACCAAAGAGCCAGCAUUUGAGGAGUCGCUGCAAGCUCGGAUACUAAUGGCUGUCGCUAUUGGCCGUGUCUAUAACCACAUCUCUGACUCUGAGUAUCUGUCUCUCGAGAUUUGUGAGCUAGGACAGUGGCUGCUUGCGUCUAUGAGCAGAUCUCUGAGAGAACUGAAGCUUGCCGCAACAAGCUCCUUGAUGGUAUUCCUGCGGGGCGAUAUAUCCAAAAAUACCCGCAGUAAGAAUCGGCGGUCGUUCAUUGAGUUCCUGGACGCUUUAGCGCAGCGCAACGUUCUGUCCGAUCAGGAGACGCUCAUUAUCGCGUAUGGUCGAACAGCGUUGACGUGUGGAGAGCUCGAGCUACCGAUCAUAUUACAUCACUUGGUCGAAUACUUUGGUCAUUCCAACGCACUGGUGUGCGGUAUGGCUUACCGCGAACUUGAAACAAUCGCCAAAGGGUUGUCGAUGUCCACGAUGCAGCUCUUGAGUCCUUACUGGAAGGUCAUUGGUUUCUCGGUCAUCAAAGACUACAUUAAGAAGCCCCAGAAAGCGCAGCAAUUGGCAGAUCUGAUCGAGCAAAACGUUCGCCAGUUGUUGGUACUGACACAAGCGGAUACCCUUCCGCAUCUCGUUUUGAGCAAAAGAAGAGAUAUCAUCGAAAAGAUCGCCCAAGCACGGAAGGCUUCUAUCAUCGACGUCUUGACCUAUCCAAGAGGUAAUCUGUCGAAGAUACUUGCUCUACUGCUAUCACAGCCCGUUGCCGACGUUGAAAAGACAGCAAUGGAAACGUUAGCAGCUAUUGAGCCUGCUAUCCGAGAGAGCAGCAAUAACAGGCUUGAUUCGUGGGUUGCCCUAGACAUCACUGGUGUUGCUAUCGAGAUACUCAGGCUGGCUGCAGACCAAGAGGGAGUCGGUAAGAAGCCAUACUACAGCGCUUUCAGCACGCUGGCGUCGCUCGCACCCGAUACCAAGUCAGGACAGCGCAAAUCGACGUCAAAGUCCAAGAAUCUAGAUGCCUUCUGCGAGACGCAUAUUCUGGGCAUCAUCGCAUAUCUUUCAAACGUCAUCGCGGCUCCUAGCGCCCAGGGUAAAGCCGCACAGUAUACGAUGCCCGACAGGAAAAAUUGCAUAGCUGCUAUCGGCGAUCUCAUCUCCCUUGCACGCUUUAGCGUAAACGGCGCGUUACCGCAGAUCCGCGCUUGUCUUCAAUCAGCCAUCGGAGAUCCAGACCUAUGCGACGAUACGUUCACCGUUUGGACUGCGUUUUUAGCAGCUCUUGAUGGAGAUGAAACAAUGCUAGUCGUGGAUCAAACCUUUGCACUGAUUGUACAGCAUUGGUCGUUGUUUUCUUCAGACACGCAGCUCAAAGCCCAUAAAGCUGUCGGAAGCAUCAUAAGCCAAUACAACCCUCAGCUUCGGGCUAGAGUCGAAUAUCUUCCCUCACUGGCCGGCAUACCAAUGUUCUCCAAGAUUGAAGGCGAGUUGGCAAAGUUCAGAGACAUGAUUGAGACCAUCAAGGUCUUCCAAGCCUUUAGCAAUAGAUGCAAAGACCAGACAUCAGUCGUGGUGCGUCAGGCUCUGAUAGAGCUUGUGCCUUUUCUGGAUGCCAAUCAGCAGGAAUUGCAUCAGUCGAUAGUUGGCCAAAAGCCUCUUCCAGUUUUGGCCGCGUUGACGCGAUCACUUCUCGAUGCUAGCGUUCGUUUCUCGGAAGACCACUCCGAUAUCACGAUCCUUUGUGCUCAGUGCCUUGGUAUCAUCGGUGGUCUUGAUCCAUACCGAGUGGAAACGGUCCGUGAAAAGAAGCGCGUCUUGAUGCUUUCGAACUUCGCACGGAGAGACGAGGAUAUCGAUUUCGUGGCAUUACUUCUCGAACAAGUCCUGGUCAAGGUCUUCCUUUCUACCACAAAUGCUAAACAACAAGGCUGGAUCGCCUAUGUUAUGCAGGAGAUGCUAAAGCAUUGUGGGUUUAGUGCACUCCGUGGAGCAAAACCCCGAUCUUCGCAGGCUAGUACAGAGGCCCAGCGCUGGAAUGAGAUCCCAGAGGCUGUCAGAACUGUAUUAACUCCCUUCCUUGAUUCGAAAUACUCCGUCAAUGUUAACACCUCGAUACAAUACGAAGGUGCGACAUACCCGAUAUUCAACUCAAAGAUCAGUCAUGGCACCUGGCUCCAGACCUUUGUUCACGACCUGCUGCGAAAGGGACAGGGUGUGAACGUUGAGAUGGUAUUUCCUGUUCUAGCAAGAAUCAUCAAAGGAUACGAUCUCUCGAUAGCUACCUUUAUACUUCCAUUUACAGCUCUGAAUGUCAUCGUAUCAGAUAAUGAUGAGAACAUGGAGAAUGUAGGAAGAGAGCUUUUGCAGGUGCUGCAGGCCGAUAUACAUACCUCGGAGCAGCACGAAGUUUCGAUCAUCAAGCAGUGUAGCGAGAAUGUCUUCCAGACAUUGGAUUAUCUUUCUUCGUGGUUACAAGAGAAGAGAAAAUCCGUUACUGACGCGAGAACGAUGGCAGGAAAGACGGGGCGCGGUGUUUCCGAGGACGACGAGAUGAACGCCAUCAAGCAGCUCAGUCGCGUAGAGGGAAUUCUGCAGCUCAUUCCUGCGGAAAUCAUAUCUCGAAGAGCUGUAGAGUGUGGUUCGUACGCUCGUGCACUGUUCCACUGGGAACAGUACGUGCGUCAGCAGCGGGACAUGAAGGCUGAAUCCAAUCAGCCAUUCCACGAGAAGGACGAACUGUUACAACAUCUGCAGAUGAUCUACGCGCAUAUCGAUGAGCCGGAUUGUAUCGAAGGAAUAUCAGCUCAUCUCAAGAUCCUCAAUCCCGAGCAGCAGAUCCUCGAGGAUCGCAAAGCCGGGCGGUGGACGGCGGCGCAAAGUUGGUACGAGAUUGCACUUGCUGAGAGACCGAACGAUGUCGAGACCCAGAUCAAUCUCCUCACUUGUUUGAAGGAAUCUGGUCAAUACGACUCUAUUCUCAACUAUGUAGACGGCUUCCAUGCGACUAACUCGCUUCCGAGCAGCACGUUACCUUUCGCAGCGGAAGCGGCUUGGUCUACUGGCAAAUGGGAACAACUCGAACGCCUUCUUACUGCUACCGGUAGCGAUGAUUCCAGUCUUCUCGCGGACUUCAACGUUGGGAUAGGCAGAGCGCUAUUGGCAUUGCGUCACAACAGCCGCCCAGACUUCCAGGGCAUCAUUGAAGAGCUACGAGAACUUCUGGCGAAGAGCAUGUCUCCAUCAAGCACAACGUCUGUGCAGGCAUCGCAUGAUCAUCUGGUCAAACUGCAUGCACUGUACGAGGUUGAGACUAUAAGCGGUAUGGGUAGUGGGAUUGUAACAGACCGCGAAACCAUUCUCGAAAAUCUGGACAGACGCUUGGACAUCAUUGGGGCGUACACAUCAGACAAGCAAUACCUUCUGGGACUACGUCGCGCCGCUAUGACGCUAUCUCGCAUCGAAUUCGCAAAUCUUGACGUUGCUUCCGCGUGGCUCACGACCGGACGGCUGGCUCGCAAGGGAGGCUUCAUGACAACAGCUUUCAACUCUGUACUGCACGCUGAACGACUUGGAGACAACGCGUCUAAGAUUGAGUACUCAAAGCUGCUGUGGAAGGAAGGCCACCAUCGCAAGGCGAUACAAAACCUUCGUGGCGCAAUCGACAGCAACGCAUUCCAGCAGGAAGACACAGUGCCGAUCAACGUCUCCGUGACCACAGCCGGUCGAGGCGAAGAGCAUUCGAUGAACAAGGUUAAGUGCCAUGCUCAACUAUUGCUCGCUAAAUGGCUAGACCGCGCGGGUCAGACACAGUCAAUGUCCUUGAAGGAAGAGUAUGUGACUGGAGUGCAAACCUAUCCCCGCUGGGACAAAGGUCACUACUACCUGGGUCGAUGGUAUCUGAAGCUACUCGAAUCAGAGAAGCAGCAGCCGAUAACAAAACAAAGUUCCGAAUACCUUGCUGGUAGUCUCAUCAAGUUAGUCAUCGAGAACUUUGUCCGCUCUACGGUAUACGGGACGAAGUACUACUACCAGACCCUGCCCAAGAUACUUACUCUGUGGUUGGACAUGGGUAUGGAAGUUAUGAGCAGCACACCCAAAACCGCCAAAGACAAGGAGUUUCACGAACAUCGGCUCAACUAUCUCGACCACAUCAACAAAUACCUCAAGCGAUACGCCGGAGAGCGGAUGCCUGCUUUCGCAUGGUACACCGCUUUCCCGCAGAUCAUCACACGCAUCAGCCAUCCGAAUAAGAGCGUUUGGGAUGCUCUCCAGACGAUCAUCAUUCGAGUUGCGUCUACGUAUCCGCAGCAGGCGCUUUGGGCUUUACUCGCCGUCCUGCAUUCCACGCAGGAUGACCGCAGAGCUCGAGGCGCUACUGUAUUGCAACGACUACGCGACGCAUCAAAGCGAAAAGGAGCUUCUAUCGACCUCAAGGCCCUCAUCAUCCAAGGGCAGCGUCUUACUGACGCACUACUAGCGGCUUGUGAUGCCCCCAUAGAAUCACGGAUAGCACACGUGAGUCUAGCAAGGGAUCUGGGGUUCAACCACAAGCUUGCUCCCACGCCGCUGGUUGUUCCUAUCGAAGCCAACCUACUUCCAAAUCUGCCUGCUGGCAACGACAGCCAGACCAUCCGUCGUCACAACCCAUUCCCAGCCGACGCCAUCACCAUCCAAUCCUUCGACGACGACGUACUCGUCCUAUCCUCCCUCCAACGCCCCCGAAAACUAAACGUCCGCGGCUCCGACGGGCGCUCCUACGGCCUCCUCUGCAAACCCAAAGACGACCUACGCAAAGACCAACGCCUCAUGGAAUUCAACGCCAUGAUCAACCGCGCCCUCCAAAAAGACAUCGAGUCCAGCAAGCGCCGCCUCUACAUCAAAACCUACGCCGUCACGCCCCUCAACGAAGAAUGCGGCGCAAUCGAAUGGGUCGAAGGCCUCAAGCCCAUGCGCGACAUCAUCCUCCGUUUCUACCGCCAAAUGGCCAUCCCGAUCGACUACGGCGAGAUCCGCCUUCUCCUUAACGAAGCCUCGUCGUCCCCAUCCAAAAUCCCCAUCUUCACUGAACGCAUCCUCGGUAAAUUCGUGCCUGUGUUACAUGGAUGGUUUGUUGAGACGUUUCCUGAGCCCGAAGCUUGGUUCGCUGCAAGACUCCGGUAUACGAGAUCUUGCGCUGUGAUGAGUAUAGUGGGCCACGUCCUCGGUUUGGGAGAUCGACACGGCGAGAACGUGCUGUUGGAGCAGGGCGACGGUGGUACUUUCCACGUCGAUUUCAACUGCCUCUUCGACAAGGGUCUCACAUUCGAAAAACCCGAACUCGUUCCCUUCCGCCUCACGCACAACAUGGUCGAUGCCAUGGGCCCACAGGGCGUCGAAGGCCCCUUCCGCAAAGCCGCUGAACUGACCUACAAACUGCUCCGCCAGCAUGAAGACACGUUGAUUACUAUCCUGGAAACUUUUGUGCACGAUCCUACGGCUGAUUUCCUGGGAGGCAAACGUCGUAAGAAGAUUGUUGGCGUCCCGGAUACGCCGCAGGAGGUGCUGGAUAUUACCAGGACAAAGGUGAAUGGGUAUCUCAAGGGGGAGAGUGUCCCGUUGAGUGUCGAGGGCUAUGUUGACGCGCUUAUUGCUAUGGCGGUGGAUCCGAUGAAUUUGGCGAGUAUGUAUAUCGGGUGGUGUGCUUUCUUCUAG